CACUUGCAUUACCAAUUAAGAAGAACUAAAGAGAGUUCAAGUCCAAAGGAGAUAACAGAGCUAACUAUCAUUAAGACUUGAAAGAUGGCUUCUCCUAUUGCUGCCUUUCGUCCAACCAUUGCUCUUCUAGUUGCUUUCCUUCUCAUUGCUUCAUUGGCAUUGCCAAUUGCAGAAGGUGCAUGCCCACUUGUUUCAAAACGAAGCAAGACAUGGUCUGGCUUCUGUGGCAAAAGCGCCAACUGUGACAAGCAAUGCAGGACUUGGGAGACUGCAAAGCACGGUGCUUGCCAUGCUACGUAUAAGACAGUUUUGGGAGUUAAAGUCGCUACAGGACGUGCAUGCUUCUGCUACUUCUGCAAAAAACAUACUUAAUUAGGUCAAUUUCUGUUUGACCGCUCUUUGAUAGAUAUAUAUGGUAACUGGAAUAAAUGUGCAGUACGUACGUAUUUGCUCUCUACGUGCCUGUACGGGGAGUAGUAUGAUAAUGAUGGUUUGAAAUAAGAUGUAAAAUAAUGGCUUCUCCUAUGUGUUUCUGGAUCAACAUACCAGAACCAUAUUCAGCUGAUUCUAAAUAAUUGUGUACUGUUUGUUUAUGGUGUUGUAAGAAACCUUUGUUCGACCAUGA